UACCUUAUACAUAUAAAUAUAUAUAUUAAUAUAAACAGUAUCUAUACAUACUUCGUUGAACGAUCAAACUUUCUUUUCUUUUCUAUCUAGAAUUUUCUUUAUUUUUAAGAAGAAUAAAUAUUUUGUUUAUUUUUUUUAAAAAAAAUAUAAGAAUACAUAAUGACGAAACAAGUGAAACCAACCCUAAUUUCUAUUAUUUUAUAUGAAGCUUUAUUUUUAAUUUCCGGUUUUUUUUCAACUCUUGGACAACAAUUUUUAUAUUAUCAAGGUGCUGCAACUGGUUUGAGUCUACUUACCAAUACGGCAACUUAUUUGGGUAUGGCAGCUGUUGGGUUUUUACUUUUGCCUGGAUGGUAUGGAUCUCGUAAAAAUAAUGAUGAUAUUAAUAUGGCAUCGAUGACAAAAGAUUAUCAAUUAUUACCAGGAACUGAAGAAGAAACUUCAAUAGAUGCUCAAAAUAUUAUUAAUACGAACCAACCAAAAGAGGUUGUAGAUCAUAAAAUCAUUUUCGCUGCUGCUUGUUUAGAUGUUAUUGCCAAUUUCGCUUUAACAAUUGGAUUCUUUUAUGUUGGAAGUGGGAUGUACCAAGUAAUAUAUAGUUCGGUUGUUAUUUGGUGUGCUAUUCUUUCAUUCUUUUUUCUUGGACGAAAAAUUUCCUUCGUACAAUCGAUUUCUAUUAUUGGUGUAUCAGUUGGACUUGCACUUAGCGCAUUAGGAAUAAAUCAAAAUAAGGAAUUGACUACGCCACCACCACCAUCAAGUUCAACGGGAACGACGAUGCCACAUUCAUAUCACAUGUCUAACACUAUGUUUGGAAUGCUUUUAACAUCAUUCGCAACAUUUGGAUACGCAUGUGUUUAUGUUGUAUCAGAUCAAAUUUUAACAGCACGAGCACCAAAUACACUACCACCAUCACCAAAAAAAGUAUGUUUUUUAGUAGGAACAUAUGGUAGUUUAAUAUCAUUUAUAUAUAUAAUAUUUUAUACUAUUCCAAAUUGGAAUAUAUUAAUAACACAAGAGAUGGUAAAAAAAAUACCACAUUCAAGUAAUUUUGUGAUAAUUUUAAUGUAUUUUUUAUUAUCUUUUUCAUCAUUUAUUCAUAAUUUUGCAUAUUAUUGGUUAAUGAAAGAAAUUGGUAAUGUUUCUACGAGCAUAUUAAAUGCAUUGAGAGCCAUAAUUGUAUUUGGGUUAAGUCAUAUGAUGUUUUGUAAAAUUGACCAUGGACAAUGUUUAAAUAUUUGGAAAGGGUGGAGUGCAUUUAUAGUGGUUGGAUUUGUUACAAUUUUUUCUGUGAGUAAGGCAAGAGAAUCAAAAUAAAUAAAAUAAAAAAAUAUAUAUAUACGUAUAGAGGGAGGGUUAUAUAUAGUAAAUUCUGUGAGUAAGGCAAAAUAAAUAAAAAUAUAAUGGGAGGGUUAUAUAAUAUAUACAGUAUUAUAAAUAUAUUAUCAAUAAUUUAAUUACAUGUAAUAUUAUAAUAAUUAUGAUCUUGAAUUCAUUUAUUUAAGUAGACUAAUCAUAAUAUUUACAAUAAACUACAAAAACUUAGAAAAAUUAACACUUAUAACUAACACUUAACACUUAAGACUUUUAGCAACUACUACAUAAUAACAAAUUACAACUACAGAUCAUAAUAAC